CAGAGGGCCGCGCGUUCUCGGCUGGUCGGCGCUGUCAUGGCGGGCGUGCUGAAGAAGACCACUGGCCUUGUGGGAUUGGCUGUAUGUGAGAGUCCGCACGAGAGGUUAAGAAUAUUGUACACAAAGAUUCUUGAUGUUCUUGAACAAAUCCCUAAAAAUGCAGCAUAUAGAAAGUAUACGGAACAGAUUACAAAUGAGAAGCUGGGUGUGGUUAAAGCGGAACCAGAUGUUCAAAAAUUAGAAGACAAACUUCAGGGUGGCCAAAUAGAAGAGGUGAUUCUUCAGGCUGAAAAUGAACUAAGUCUGGCGAGAAAAAUGGUACAGUGGAAACCAUGGGAGCCUUUAGUGGAGGAACCUCCUGUCAACCAGUGGAAAUGGCCAAUAUAAUCAGCAUUAAAUGACUUGUGUGUUGAUGGGCAACUGAUGUAAUUAAAUGUUCUAUUAAAAAUAUUAAUGUAUAUUAAAAACAUUAAAAAUGUUUCCAUAUUAUUGACAUAAUCAAGAAAACUGAUACAGAACAUAUUUAGGAGACUUGUUCAAAUUGAUGAUUAUGGUAAUAGGGCCUUGUGAAUCACUUUUUGAUUUAUAAAGCAUCCAUUCAAAUUAUUUCAAAGGUGAUAUUUUUUUAAACAGAGGUUGUGGGAAGAUUUGAAAGUUAGUUGGAAAAAUUCCUAUAGAUUUUCAAUGCAGAGGCCGUAUUUGAAAGGUGAAGUAUUUUUAGUAGUAUUUCAAACACAUAAUUUUUUUUAUUCUGAAAAAAACAGAAAAGCUACUUAAUUAUUAUUGUUGUUUAAACAAAUUUAUAGGUUACUGUUUGAAGUGAAAUAGUAAAAAUCAUCAAAUUAGAAUUCAUUAUACACUUGAGGAAAUUGAUUUGGUAUUUGAAAGAAAGAUUUCUUAUUUAUAGUGGUAGUUGGAAAAACUUUUUCUUUUGUCUCAUUUAAGGAAGUUAGCUUUCUGGCCCUAGCCUUUAGUUUUCUUGAUCAACCAAACUACAUUAGGAUAGAGAUGGAAUUUCUAUAAAAGAAGAGAGAUUAAGAGUUCUUAAAGUUUAUCCAGCAUAUGGCUAGGCUUAUAUUCAAAAUAUCUUGGUCAGAUGGUUGUAUCUUCAAAGUAGAAUCACUAAGUAGUUUUCACUAAAUUUCCAGCAUGAGUGCAGCUGGGUAUCAAAGAAGAGAAAUGCUGUUCAAAGAAAGAAGCAGUUGGCAAGCUUAUGGUUAAACAAAAAAAAUUACUUUUCAUAUGUCCUCACCUUUUCUUUCUAGCCCCCUACCAUUUUUAAAUACUUAUAUUUGAUAUUUAUCUUCAAAGAUAACCCUUUUGUUUUUGUGUAUAUAUAUAUAUAUGUGUGCAUGUGCGUGUGUGUUUUGCUAUCUCUUGUGGCAAAGCAGAAUCUUUCAGAAUUUUCAGAAUAGGAAAAAAAAUUGUAUUUUUCUUUUUUCCAAUGUAUUUCUACCCUUAUAGAGCUGUAAAUUGAAUGCUAAAUAAAUGUUAAAUUGAAGCGGA